GUCUCACGGUAACGUGAGUUGCUACUCUCUUUACUGUUCUGUGCUGUUCUUUCUUUGAUGAUUAUCUGCGUUUUGAGUUCGUGUUUUUUCUGACUAAAUUGUAAAGUAUCUAAAUAAAUUUAGGAGAGGCUUCAAAAUGCAGUUAAUUGUACGUGGACAGGUGAAUCACGUGUUGGAGUGUGAUGGCAAAGAAACUAUUGCCGAAAUCAAGGAGCGGCUGGCCGCGCUGGAGCAGGCGUCCUCGGAGGAGAUGAUCCUGUACUGCGGGGGCAGCCCCUUGGGCGAGGAGGCGCUGGUGUCCGGCCUGCAGGCCCUCAGCCUGGACCUCAGCGUGGCCCUGAAGGGGGGCAAGGUGCACGGCUCGCUGGCCCGCGCCGGCAAGGUCAAGGGGCAGACACCCAAGGUGGAAAAGCAAGAUAAGAAAAAGAAGAAGACUGGGCGUGCUAAGCGUCGCAUACAGUACAACCGCCGUUUCGUGAAUGUUGUCCAGGGCUUUGGUAGGAGGCGAGGCCCCAACGCCAACUCGUAAUGUGUUUCAUUUGCAAGGGCAUGCUCAACGCAGCAAAACUAAUUAUUGUUAUUCUAAAGUGAAAAUCUUAAAACUGCAUUUCUUCUUUGGCAUAGUGAGAGGUUUUGACUGGACUUGUAUUUGAAAAACAUAUAAUUUUGCUGUGUUGGCUAAUAAAAACUUCUUGUGAAAUUGUU